AUAGAAGUUGUGGAGUUAUAAGAAUAUAAACUAUUUGAAAUAUAGAUAAUUAUAUACUUAACGCAAAAUGGAUUUGGAUUUUAAAAUUACAGGAAUACCGGCCACACCAAGAGCACAGCAUGAAUUUCGGCAGAAAGCAGGGCGUCAUAACAAUGAAUCAAGAGUUGGCCAGCGUCCGGCAGAAGUGCCUCCGUUAAAUCUUGGCAAACUUGGCGAUUGGGAGGAAGAGGAUGUCUGGUAUGUUCCGGCGAGUGUGAGGCAGCCUCGAGUCGCUACCCCCGACUCCUCUUCCACUUUCAGCUGGGGCUGUGCGAUUUCUGCACGCGCUCACCAGAUCUCAAGGAAACCCUUCAAGAAAACACCAAAGCCCCCGCCAUGGGAAGAGGAGAAGGUGAUCCCGGAGGACCUGCCCCCUCCCUCAGAGAGGCACAGGAAGCAGUACCAGCAGUACCAGGCCGAGCUGAGGGAAGGCUUCAGACUGCAGAGCCAGAGAGCGCAGCAGCCCAGCCACCCGCCACAGCAGUUGUCAGCCCGUGAGGAAGAUCUGACCCCCCAGGACGAGAGGGCCCUGCUGCAGCAGUCCUACACCAGCAAGCCCUACACCCCCCAGCACAGCCAGAGGAAGCUGGAGGCUGAGGACCUUGCUAUUCUUAGAAGGAAGCAAGCUGUGGUCGAGCAGGUUAUGGUGGACCAGUUGUCCAGGGCGGUCAUUAGCGACCCGGAUCAGAACCGGGCCCGGUCUGAGCAGACCUCACCCUCUGAGACCGGCUCCGUGCCCAUGCGAUACAGGAGAAGAACACUGCAUGAGACACAAGUGAAAACCAGGUCAGCUUUGACUGAGAAUCUAUUGUCAAACAAGCUGCGCUUUGACGCCAGAAUUUUAUCCAGGAACGGACGCGAUGCAAGCAGAGAGCUCAUCGGCUUUUUCUUUGCUUACGAUAAGACGCUGACCGUUUAUGAGUACCGGCAGUUUGGCAGAAACAGGACAAACGCCCUUCCCUUCAUUCCCAAGGGCUGCUACAAACACGAAUGUGGAAGGAGGAGGGGAAUGCAGUACAGCAUUCAUGAUUUCUGUGUGGGGGCGAACUUGUCAUUUUCCUCCCAUGGAAAGAGCCUCCCUGAGACCAUGAAGCAGAGGCCUUUGCUGUUGCUGCGGAUCACUGAUGUUGAUGAGCUGGUGAAGGACAUGCUGCUGGCCUCCACAGCAGAUGGUGUACAGGGUCUGCUGAAAGAGGAACGUGAGGACAGGAACAUCUUAAUGGCCAUUCAAGGGGCGCUGCGGGACAGCGUGAGGAACAGGGCCGUGCGCACGCUGACGGGACUGGGGAAGCGGCUCAGGGCAGCGGAUGCUUCCGGAGAGGGAGUCCUGGGAAAGGAGGAGAUCCGCCGGGCCAUGCAGGAGUUCCACCUCACACUGCCCGAUAAGGACUUGGAUGCCGUGUGGCGUAUGCUGGAUCAGAAUGGCGAUGGGCGAGUGGAUUGCGGCGAGUUCAUGAGGGGAGUGAUGGGGGAAAUGAACGAGUUUCGCAAAUCCUUUGUCAGAAAGGCAUACAUGAAGCUUGAUCCAAACAAGUCUGGCAGUGUCCCCAUGACCGACAUUGAAAAAUUCUACUGCGCCAAGGGUCACCCGAAGGUCGUAUCAGGCGAGUCCACAGAGGAGGAGCUGAAGGCGGGGUACAUCCAGUCGCUGCGGGACGCCUGCCUGGACCCCAGGGAGGUCUCGUACUGUGAGUUUGAGGACUACUACGAGGGUCUGAGUGUUGGCGUACCCGGCGAUCAGGACUUCGCCAACGUCCUGAAGAACUCCUGGGGAAUAUGAGUAUGCCUGAGAGAACUCAUUAAUGCGAAACUGAACUUUUCUUAAAGCGACACACGCUUGUCUGUUCAUAAAGUAGCGUAUUGCUUGUGUCACAUUUUUAAAUUCCGUUCACCUUGGGCCUGUAUCAGGAAGCAGGAUUACUGAGUUAGCUGGGAAAAUCAUUAGCUGGACAAUUGCGCUGAGUAAAACCCGGAACAGCUCUUUUUACUUAAGGCCAUUCUCCAGCUUUGGUGGGGGGUUGCGGGUUUUACUCAGCGCAGUUAUCCUGCUAACUCGGUAAUCUUGCUUUGUGAAGCAGGCACCUGCUUUGCAUUAUAUGUACAGAUAAGGGUGUAUAUGGGCAAUGACUGAAAACAGAGGAUUAAACUACUUCAGUAAUUAUUUUGUUGGUAAUGAUGAUGAAGAAAAAUGUUAUUUAUGAAUUUUUGUGUAUAGAAAAAAAGCCCAAAUUAGUAUUUAAAGGCCAGCAGGUGGCGCCAAAUUUAAAAUGAGUAAAUAAAAACAUCUACAUGGCAGCGUUGUAAAUAAAUAACUAUGUAAAUAAACUGAGUGGUCAUUAAAAUAAUAUUUAUUUUCAGUUCAUAGGGUGAAGUGCAUUCUCACACAAUAUAUGCAAGGACAGAAAUAUCAACAGGAAGUGUAACGUUUAUUCUGUUAUUCAUAAAUCUCGGCUGUUAGUUUUCUGUUGUUGACUUUUAUUGUAACUAUUGCAGGCUUGUGUUGCAAACGGUCCCGGUAUGAAUUUUAAUAUUUAAGUGUUUUGUGUUUAAUAUGCUUUUAUUAGGCAUUUGCCAUGCAUUUUAAUAAAAGUUGCCGUUCAGAGUAAAGUUA